AUGUGGGGGAGAAGAUCCAUUGCGGCGACGAGACGCGCAGUAACUGUUCAAGCUCGUCACCCCGUCGCUCUCCGCCCCUCCCCCUCCUUCUGUCCCUCCUUCUCUUCAUUUUCUUCCCCUUCAUCCUCUCGACCACUAUUGCGCCCGCGAAUUACAGCCCUAGCGCCCUUACGUCUUGCUUUCGCUCCUGUUCGAUACUGCUCCGCCGAGGCUCGCAUGAUGGCGUCUACUGACAGAGAAACUCUGCCUGACGUGGCUAAACCAAUCAACUAUCAUGUUUCCCUCUUCGAUCUACAGCUCGGUAGCUCCUGGGAAUACAAGGGUGUGGUGAAGAUCGAUCUCAAGCUCACCCGUUCCACCAAGGAAAUCGUUUUGAACUCGAAGGAGAUCAAUGUGCAGACUGCCGAAGUACUGGGGAAGAAUGGUUUGUUACUGAACGACCACGGCAACCAACUCUCCAAGGCCAACGAAAUUACUUACGACAAAGAAUCGGAGCGCGUUUUCCUUAAGUUCCCUCAUGAAUUCUUGCCGUCAGACGUCAUGCUCUCGGUCAACUUUACGGGAACCAUGAAUAAUGUCAUGGCGGGUUUCUAUCGGUCCAAGUACAAGCCUGUUGGGGAACCGACUGCCGACACACCGAAGGAAGGCGACUUCCACUACAUGCUGAGCACUCAAUUCGAGUCUUGCGAUGCACGUAGGGCCUUCCCCUGCUUCGACGAGCCUAACCUGAAAGCCACUUUCGAUUUCGAGAUCGAGGUCCCCAAGGGACAGACGGCUCUCAGCAACAUGCCUGUUAAAUCAGAAAAAGUUGGAAGCCACGCUGGGCUGAAGUUUGUGGCGUUUGAAAAGACACCUGUGAUGAGCACCUACCUUCUGGCCUGGGCCGUGGGUGACUUUGGAUAUGUUGAAGCCAUGACCGAGCGCAAGUAUCAAGGAAAGAGCAUUCCAGUUCGCGUCUACACUACACGGGGCCUGGAGGACCAGGCUCGCUUCGCACUGGAGUGUGCCCAUCGGACGGUCGAUUACUUCUCUGAGAUCUUCGAGAUCGAAUACCCGCUUCCCAAGGCAGACCUGCUAGCGGUGCAUGAGUUUGCCAUGGGGGCCAUGGAAAAUUGGGGCUUGGUGACUUAUCGGACGACCGCUGUUCUCUUUGACGAAGGAAAGUCAGACAAUCGCUAUAAGAACCGGAUUGCCUAUGUGGUGGCUCACGAACUGGCUCACCAGUGGUUUGGUAACCUCGUGACCAUGGACUGGUGGAAUGAGCUUUGGCUUAAUGAAGGCUUUGCAACCUGGGUUGGUUGGCUGGCUGUCGAUCAUUUCUACCCCGACUGGAAUGUCUGGUCUCAAUUUGUUGCUGAAGGCGUGCAACAAGCAUUUCAUCUCGACUCGCUGCGUGCCUCUCACCCCAUCGAAGUGCCCGUUCGGAACGCUCUCGAGGUGGACCAGAUCUUUGACCACAUAAGCUACCUGAAAGGAAGCUCAGUCAUCCGCAUGCUGAGUGUCCACCUUGGACAAGAGACAUUCCUUCGAGGAGUUGCGGACUACCUUAAGUCUCAUGCAUACGGCAACGCAACUACCACUGACCUGUGGUCCGCUUUGAGUAAAGCAUCUGGCCAGGAUGUGCACGGCUUCAUGGAUCCGUGGAUCCGCAAAAUUGGGUUCCCCGUCGUGACCGUGGCAGAGGAGCCCGGUCAAAUCAGCGUUCGUCAAAACCGAUUCUUGUCCACGGGAGAUGCAAAGCCCGAGGAAGACGAGACUACUUGGUGGAUUCCUCUUGGUAUUAAGUCAGGCCAGACGCUGGCUACUGUGGAUACUCGCGCUCUUACCGAGAAAACCGACACUGUGGGUGGUGUUGGCGAGGAUACCUUCUACAAGAUCAACAAGGAUCUGUCUGGAUUUUAUCGCACAAACUACCCACCUGCGCGUCUGGCCAAGCUGGGUCAGUCCCUUGAUCUUCUGAGCACUGAGGAUAAGAUCGGCCUACUAGGAGACGCAGCUGCUCUUGCGGUCUCCGGCGAGGGCACUACACCCGCCUUGUUAUCUCUCUUAGAGGGAUUCAAGGGCGAGCAGAACUACCUUGUUUGGUCCCAGUUGUCUUCAUCGCUUGCCAGUCUCCGGUCCGUUUUCUCCCAGAAUGAGCAGGCUGCUGAGGGGUUGAAGAAGUUUACUCGGGAUCUGGUGGCCCCGGUCGCAGAGCAGAUUGGCUGGGAAUUCCAGCCAAACGAGGACUAUCUUACUGUUCAGCUUCGCAAGCUUCUGAUUGCAAUGGCAGGAAAUGCUGGUCAUGAGAGCAUCGUCGCGGAAGCCAAGCGCCGCUUCGAUCUCUGGGCUUCUGGACGAGACAAGAGCGCCGUGCACACCAACCUUCGCUCGACGAUCUUUAGCCUGAACGUGUCAGAGGGCGGCCGGAAGGAGUAUAACGCUGUCAAGGAGGAGUAUCUCCGUACCGAUUCCGUGGAUGGUAAGGAAAUCUGCCUGGCUGCCAUGGGUCGCACCAAGGAGCCAGCUCUGGUGCAGGACUACUUGGACUUCGUCUUUUCGGACAAAGUGGCCAUUCAGGAUGCCCACAGCGGUGCAGUGUCCCUGGCUGCUAAUUCGAAGAUGCGACACCUCCUGUGGGAGUACAUCAAAACGAAUUGGGCCUCGGUGGAAGCGCAUCUGUCGUCCAACAACGUGGUCUUCGAGCGAUUCGUUCGCAUGGGUCUUUCCAAGUUUGCCGACCACAAGAUUGGCGAGGAUAUCGCAAGCUUCUUCAAUAGCAAGAAUACGGGAGCCUAUGCCCGAGCCCUAGUCAUAGUGUCCGAUAACAUUCAGACCAAUGCUUCCUACAAGGAGCGCGAUCAGGCUCUAGUUCUGGAGUGGUUGCAGGCUCACGGCUAUGCGUGA